CUGCAUUGGCAGGUGGAUUCUUAACCACUGCACCACCAGGUAAGUCCCUCUAAUGAUUUUUAAGCCCUAACGUUUCAGAUGGCCUCAAUUCUACUACUCACCCUCUCACUCACCCUGCUGCUGCCUCCAUUCCUUAACAGUUCUCGAACAUGCCAGGCACUCCCACUUUAAGGCUUUUACACGAGCUGUUCCAUCUGUGUGGAACACUUAUACCUGCCUGGCUUCCUCCCUCAUUUCCUUCAUUUCUAUAUUCAGGUGUCAUGUUCUCUCUGAAGACUUCCCUCGUCACUCUGUUUAAAAUUAUAACACCCUGUCCACACUGCACUUCUUAUCCUCUUUCUUAACUUGUUCCUUGGCAUCCGAUAUAUUUCACUUGCUUCAUCUAUCAUUUGUCACCCCCGCUCCCCCACUGGAAUUUAAGCUCCAUGAAGGCAAGGAUUUCCAUUGGCUUUGUUCACUGAUACAUCUUCAGCAAGCCUGGUGCAUGGCAGGCACUUGGUAAAUACUUGUUGAGUGAUAGAUCUCCAUUUUACAAAGUAAAACAAAACAAAGCCUUAGGAAUUUCUAAAUUGUUCAACACCGUAAAGGUGGGAUUACCAGCUUUAAUUUUGAGACCUUCAUAGUGCCAAGUACAAUGCCAUGUGUCCAGCGAGUCUUCAGUAAAUACUCAUGAGCAGUUUGAGGGAGAAGAUCAUUGUGCCUUAAACAUAGUAGUUAUAUUAGCAAAUAGUUUCCUUUUUACAUACAUGUCCAGGUUAUUGAUUUCAUGAAGGAAAUCAACAAGUUUGAUAAAAAGUGCUUUUUCUAUGCUUUAUUUUUCAGGUGGAUUGAAUACCCUGUAAGAUACUUUUUGGGUCUUUCCAUGGCAACAGCAAGUCACCUUUAAAUAAUUGGUCUGGAAAGAGUGAUGUCCAUGGCCAUUGCUGUGGCUCUGUGCUGUACUUUCAGGGAACCUUACUUAGCCUUUGGUGAUUUUUUUUUUCUGAGAAUUCAAUUUUUUAUAUCUAGUAUCAAGUGUUAUACUAUUAGAGUGGAAGAAGCAACUCCCGUAAUGUGACUUCCCGAGUUAGAAAAGAAAGGGACUCUCCACUCCCUGUGUUUAUCAGACUGCUUCUCCUGGGCCAUUCCAAAGCAGACUUGAGUUAAUGAAAGUGAAGAGUAUUUGCUGACCCAUCACAUUUUGGUGUGAACAUCACAAAUGUUGUCAAAUGACGGAAGAUCCAGGAAUCGGGACAGGCACUACGAUGAGGUCCCAAGGGACUCAGACUAUCAAGAUGGCACCGUAAGAACCUUCCAGACUCUUCACGACAGUGAGCUGGCUGUGAGCGCUGAUCCGUUGCCACCACCCCCUCUCCCAUUACAGCCACCAUUCGGCCCAGAAUUCUACUCAGGUGACACAGAGGAACCGGCCGUAGCACCAGAUCUCAAGCCUGUAAGGCGCUUUGUCCCUGAGUCCUGGAAGAACUUCUUCAGAGGGAAGAAAAAGGACCCAGAGUGGGAUAAGCGGGUGUCAGACAUCAGAUACAUCUCCGAUGGAGUGGAGUGUUCACCUCCAGCCUCUCCUGCAAGACCAAACCACUGUUCACCCCCCAACUCCUGCGAAGAUCCUCAGGGCGGGUCAGAAGGCAGCUGUCGUUCCCGGAAAGAGGCCGAGGCAAUGUUUCCCCAGGAUCCCUAUGGAUCCCUAGGCCGACGCACACACACAGCCCGAACCUACAGUGAGAAGGUGGAGGAGUAUCACCUGAGGUAUUCCUACAUGAAGUCAUGGGCAGGCCUGCUGCGGAUUCUGGGCGUGGUGGAGCUGCUUCUGGGGGCCGGCGUCUUCGCUUGUGUCACGGCGUACAUUCACAAGGACAGCGAGUGGUAUAACCUGUUUGGAUAUUCACAGCCCUAUGGCAUGGGAGGCGUUGGUGGCCUGGGCAGCAUGUAUGGGGGCUAUUACUAUAGUGGUCCCAAAACCGCUUUUGUGCUUGUGGUUGCUGGAUUGGCUUGGAUCACCACCAUUAUUAUUCUGGUGCUUGGCAUGUCCAUGUAUUAUCGGACCAUUCUUUUGGACUCAAAUUGGUGGCCCCUAACUGAAUUUGGAAUUAACAUCUCCUUGUUUAUCUUGUACAUGGCCGCAGCCAUAGUCUAUGUGAAUGAUACCAACCGAGGUGGGCUCUGCUACUAUCCAUUAUUUAACACGCCAGUGAAUGCAGCGUUGUGCCGGGUGGAAGGAGGACAGAUAGCAGCAAUGAUCUUCCUCUUUGUCACCAUGAUUGUUUAUCUCAUUGGAGCUUUGGUUUGCCUAAAGUUAUGGAGGCACGAGGCGGCUCGAAGACAUAGGGAAUUCAUGGGGCAACAGGAGAUAAGUGAGCAAUCAUUGCCAUCGAAAAGGAAAAUGUGUGACAUGGCCACCGGUUGUGACAGACAGAGAGACCAAGAAGUUAAUUUUAAAGAACUGAGAGCAACAAAAAUGAAACCUGAGCUACUGAGUGGACAUAUCCCCGCUGGCCACAUCCCGAAACCAAUCGUGAUGCCAGACUAUGUGGCGAAAUACCCUAUGAUUCAGACAGAUGAUGAACGAGAACGCUAUAAAGCUGUGUUCCAGGACCAGUUUUCAGAGUACAAAGAGCUCUCUGCAGAAGUUCAAGCCGUCUUGAAGAAGUUUGAUGAGCUGGAUGCAGUGAUGAGCAGAUUGCCACAUCGUUCAGAAAACCAGCAGGAACAUGAGAGAAUUUCAAGAGUCCAUGAAGAGUUUAAGAAAAAAAGGAAUGAUCCUACAUUUCUGGAAAAAAAAGAACGCUGUGAUUAUCUGAAGAAUAAACUUUCUCACAUAAAGCAAAGGAUUCAAGAAUAUGAUAAAGUAAUGAAUUGGGAUGUAGAGGGUUAUUCUUAAAACUUAUUUGAAACCACUUUUUUAUAUCAAACUUCAUAUUUAUUUACUGUCUUUUUUUAUGUUCGUCUCUGUGAUAGAGAAGCAAAUGCCUCCUGAAUCAGCUUGUAGUUGGUUUAGCUGGUAUGUCAAGUUAAAACAGUAUGUGAUUGCAUUUCAGACAUUUCAAAACAAAUUCAAAUUUACUAAGGGCCUUUACUAAGGGUGGAAGAAAUUCUGGAUUCAUCUGUGUACAAUUUAUAUUUAUCUUGUUAAAAUUGAUUUAAGCAUUGUGUCCUUGUGGUUGAUGAUCAAGUGGAGUGUCAAUUCUGGUGCUGCUUUUUCCUUUUUUACUUAGGCCAUUUCCUGGGAUUCUUUUAGGACAAAUUUCUCUUCCUAGCCAAAGAUGUCAUUUCUGCCCUUGAAAGGGGUUUGAAUUCACCAUUUUGAAGCCUUAUGAUCUUGGGCGAGUUGUUUAAUCUGCCUGUGCCUAUUUCCUCAUCUGUAAAAUGGGGCUCAUCAUAGGACCUACCUCCUAGGGUUGUUAUGAGGAUUAAAUGAGUCAAUAUUUGUAAAGCACUUAGAACAGAGCCUGGCACAUUUGUGAGCACUGCAUUAGUGUUUGUGAACUAUAUAGACGUGUUUGUGGAAUGAAUAAACUACAUAGAAUAAGUCUCAAGGAAAGGACCUUAAAGAGCAAGUCCAGCCAGCUAAACCAAGGCCAUGGCCUCAUGACUUUCUUUUUUU